GCCGCUCUUUGACUCAGCGCCGGGGCGGCCGCCGCCAGCAGCGCGACUCAUCGGGGCCUGGUGCCCGGCGUGCGGUGCGGGGACGUCGGGAGGGCUGUAACCUGUUCGACGGGACAGAAACGAGCCCCGUGCUGCGCAGCUCUGCCUACCGACGGGUGCCUUAAUGUCAUGUUGCGAGUUCGGUUUAUUCCUAACGCCGCUGCCGCAGGAAUGGUGGAGGGAUUAGCACUGGCAAGAUAUCGUUUUCCCAUAUGACAGGCCACAUCAGCCCGGGCAGGGAGCAGAUUCCUUCUCCCUGGGCCCCUCCAUCCAUCUCCAGGCAUGCUGCUGCCCCCGGUGCCUGGGUUCUGGCCGUUAGCACACCUCCAGCUCCCAGGCAGCAGGAGAGUUUGGGGAGCACACACCAGCUCCCACCAGCAGCACUCCGGGCAACGCAGCCCUGGGAGCAGCAGGAGCACAGCAGAUUGGAAGCAUUUGUGCUCAGCAGUAGUGGGGGCACGAUGCCAAUGGUGCUUCCUGCCCCUGGGACAUGCACAUCCCACUCCUCCGGGAACAAACGAAAUCUCAGGGAUUUCAUUCCUUCUCCAGGAGCUCCUGGCUCUAGCACAGCUUCCAUAUUGGUCCGGACAACAUGGGAAGUGGCACAGUUUGACCAAACAGCUGAACCCAACUAACUCUUAGAACUGGAGAGGAGAGCCGAGGCUGCUUUAGUGUUUAGAAAUAUACGGCAGGGGGGAGGGGAAGGGGGAAUCCUCUGCAUGGGAUAUUAUGGGAGAAAAGAACAAAAUGUGGAACUCAAUACAAGAGGGGCUCCAACAGAGCCUCUCUGCUUUGAGAAGCAGUGCUGGCUUUGAACCAGGAACAUCACAUCUGGGAUCCAGGUGGAAGUGAAGAGCAAGGUAACACACGCAGGCAGCCUUCCCUCCUGCCAGGCUGGUUUCCCAUAGAAAGCAACAUGCCUCAAAUUGGGUAUGGGAGCUUCUCCCAACCCCUCUGCCUCUAGAUAUAUGCACACUGAGUUCCAGCUCCAAAGCAACACCUAGCAGCCAGGGCUCCGGUGCUUGGAAAUAGAUGGGAGGUCUGUGGAGCACAGCCCCUGCAGCUGGAGGCCCUCCCUGCUGCUGGGCUCGUCCCGCCCAGCUCCUCUCUCCCUUUAAAUAAGACAGCAGCAGCCCUCAGGCAGCUUGUGUUAAAUUAAACCACCACAGCUGGCAGUUUCCUGCAGGACAGCUCACGGGUCAGGUGCUGGCAUCUCCAGUGGGGUGUUUGGAGAGAGCAUGGCACUGAUGGGACUUCACGUUUCCCCCCAUACACAUUGCAUCCCCCCAGACGGAGCGCGGCUGCGUCUCCUUGGAGCCAGGAGUCCCUAUUCAUGAGGGAAAUUGGCAUUCGCUGUGCCUUGUGCUGAGCGACCGCCCAUACCAAUGGGAGCGCACGGAGACGAGGGGUGCUGGCUCUGUGCUGUUUGCAUGGGAAGCGUUCACUGCUGCAUCUAAACUUGAUUUCCAGCUAAUUGAUUACAGUUGGCCUCCAUUCCUGUUACCCUAAGCAACCCCAUCGAUGUGCUCAGAGCAACCUCAUUCCUUCCAGCUGCUGCGGGCAGGAGGCCGGCAGGGCCAGGCAGCUGCUCGCCAGCCCUGCUUUGCUGCUUUCCCUCCAGCUCAGCUUUCCACUGGUACAGCCCCGUGCUGAACCUCCCCAGGGCCCUGGGGUCCCCACAGCCCCACUCACUCACCCCAGGGGGUUCCCCACCACGGACACACUGAGAACACGAUGCCCUAAGAUCUCCUGGGGAAGGAAGGCUGUGCUUAGAUGCACACUACUUGGCACAGCCUCUGGAAAAGGUCCGGGUGAACGUCGGCAUGGAGGUGCCAUGCAAUUUCCAGUGAUCACAGCAGUGAAUUCACAGCUGCCUUCAAUUUUAUGGGUUUUGGUGCAGGCUGGGGCAGAGCACAGAAGUGCUCCCCAGCAAUGAGAGACCAACAGCCUCUGACAGCAGCAGCCUCUGAGCCCUGGGUGCGAAGCACACAGCCCCAUUCCCUAGGAGCAUCACAUAGCCAACGGAGCAGCCGUGUUUUGUGCAGCAGAUAGGGAAGGGAAAGCAUCCCUCUUAUCAGCUGGGCACAUCCGCAGGAGAAAGAAGGCUCCGUUGCACACCCCGGGAGGCACAGCCUGCCCACAGCUCUGCUCCAUGCAGGUGCCCAGGCAGCCAGGGUCUCACACACACACACACACAGUAUGGGAGCAGGGGAGCUUCUCUGAGCUCCGCCUGCAGCCCAGAUGCCAUCAGCUGGUGCCAAAAUAAGCGGCAGUGCUUUGGAACAGAUGCUCUCCCUCCCCUCUUGCUUUGAGAGACGUAGAAUCAAGAACAGCCCCCAGAGCUCAGCCAGCUCACAGCCCUGAUGCUGCACGCAGCCAUAGGAUCCAGCUCACGCCUCCUCAAGGCUUCAUUCUGCUUUUUAGAGAGCAUUUGAUGCACCCAGCCUGAGUUUAAGCAAGACACAGGUGGCUGCACUAUGGGCCUGAGCAGCGGACACAUGGAGUGCUGGAGCACGCCAGGAGCUCCAAAAUAAAAGGCAGUUUGCUUCUCAUGGAUAAAACCGGUUGCCGAGGGAAGCUCAUCCCCAGAGCACAGCCCUGCAUCACAUAGGGGCUCAUGAAUACCCGCAUGCUGCAGGCCGUGCCGCUCCAGUGCCCAGGAAGGCAGCAGAGCCGUGACAGCGGCUGUCACCUCGCAGGCAGUGUCACAGAAGCUGGGGCACCCGGAGAUCAGUCUCAGGUCAUGGGAGCAGCCCCAAUUCCUGCUGCGCGGAGGAGGCAGAGCCACACUGGGAGAUAAAACCUCACUCUCUCUGACCAGAUGUGUUGGAUGCAGGGUCACUGAGCAGUGAUAAGCCUGGGACCUCUCACAGCCAAACCCUGCAUGUCUCCUGUGCAGCAGAGAGCCAUGCGUGGACACAGCACUGCCAGCAGUGUGUGCCUGCGAGUGUGGGGGACGUGGUUGUGCUGGGCGCUGUGCGGGCAGCCGGGCCUGCUCAGAGCUGCUGGGAGACAGAUUGUUAUCUCAAGUCCGCAUCUGACAGCUUCCAUCCCGUGCUUGCCUAAGAGGGUAACGCAGGCAGCAAGCAGGAAUCGGAGCAGGGCUUGGCCACAGGUACAAGGUACAGCCGAGGCAUCCUCCGUCACACCCAGAUCACCUCAUGUCCCUGCUGUUUCCCAAUCCAAAACCCAACUGCUCAUGAGGACACGCCGAUGGCUGACGGCAGCCGGUGGCAGCUCCAGGAGCACAUCCCCAGCGGGGCAGGGGCUGCAGGAGAGCAGGGGCUGCAGUUCACUUUCCACCUCCCAGCUUUGCUGUGGUGGUGCCCGCAGAGGCAGGGCUGCCUGCUGGCCUUGAGCCCACCUCGAGCUCCCUCGGACACAGCACAAACAAGCUCUGACCCUGAGAACAGCAGUACUUUGUGCUCUCUUCUGAAAUUUAUUUUAAACGCCGUUCUCCAAGACUAUUUCCAAAGCAAUUUGCUGUUCGGCCUAGCUAGGAAGAGCCCUGAGCAGAUUCGUUUCAGUGCCUGCAAUAUUGACUCUUCUCUUUACUGCAGCAUUAGGAAGCAUUUGUCAUCUCUAAAAUGAAUAACUUUACCUCUCCUGGGAAGGGGGAGAAGGAGCAUCAGUGCUGAUAUCUCACACACCCAGCCCACAGACCUUCUUCAAAUCUCAGAUAGUGCUCUGGGAAAGAAACCGGGGGCUUCUGCUGCUUUGCUUUGUUAGGAGUGAGGCUCUCGCUGCACCUGCUCCUCCCCAUGCCCUGAGCUCACCGGGUCCCUCUCGGUGCAUUCCCACCGUCCCCAGUGCUGCAUGGCCCUUGGGCUAUGGUGGGGACGAGCAGAAGGCAGCACCAGAGCAGGGCCACCCCUCAGCAGCAGCCUGGGGCUCACAGUGCAGGGGGGAGGAGAGCAGGGGAGGUGCUUUCACCUCUGCUAGGUACAGUACCAUGGCACCGAUGUAUAACGCAACGCUUACUGCAACCCUGACUCACAUCCCUUAGGAACAAGUCAGUGCCUCUGCUCUCAAGCCGUAAGAGCUCUUAAAGAAAAUCCUCCAAAUCUCCAUAAAAAGUCACAGAAAAGCCUCCCAGCAGCCCCAGAAUGAGAACCUUGAAGCUCAGACCUGCCAGCUCAUUGUUGGAAGACCAACAAGCAGGGCCCUCUGGUAUUCCAGAGACCACAGCACAUUUAACCGUGACAUCUGCCUUUGCCUGCCUCGGUCUUCUGAGCUCUCAGAGGUGUUUUCAGGCCUUUCUCAGGAGACCCAGGAACCAGGAAUGCUUUCCUGGGGAAAUUUCCGUUUUCAUUAACAGAAAUUUAUGUCUCUGGGAACCAAAGUGAGAGGAAGAAACACUAACUACUGCACAACUUAGAACAAGUGAGCUGUAAGCACCAUCAGUGGUGGCCUUUCCAAGGGAGCAGACUGCCCAACACAGAAACUAUUACAGAGAUGUUAUCUUAUUACUUUCAAAACCCCCCUGCUUAGAGAGGAGCUGCUCUGCUGCCACAAAACCCAGCCUGGUGGGCACACUCAGCCCCGCAAAGACACACGCCCAGCAGCCACCUCACCUAUCUCCUGCAGCAGCACGCCUGCCCCUUCUCCUGGGGGAUCAGCCACAGACAGACCACACAGCUUAACCCCUGGAUACAGCAGAAAUACACACGGCACCCGACGCAAACUCACCAGGCUCAGCAGAACACACCACGGAGCACACUGGAGCCAUCAGGAGAGGAACACCAGCCACAGUGAGCAGAAGCAGGGUUCCUGCUGCAGUGAGUGCUGGGAAGGACCAGCUGGUCACUAUGAGCCCACCCCCGGGGACAGCUGGGGGCUGUAUGGAACACACCUGGAGGUGGGCUUGUAAUUAGUAUGUCCCUUCCUCCACCCCUCGUUAUGCACAGGAGAGAAACACCAGAUUCCACCUGGGGCAGGACGGGCACUGCACCAGACUCCAGUACUUAGCACCAGGGUCCCUGUGUCUUGUGACCCCCACUGAGCUCAGUACAUGGCAAAGGGGCACCCCAGCCAUGAGGACACGUGGGGCAGUGCCACCCCUGUGAUGUGGGUGUGCCUGUGUCCUGAAGCUUGGUUGCACACACAGUCUGACCACUCACGUGCAGCCAGGAUGGAGAUGCUGACUUCAGCCUUCUGCAACAAACCCUGAGCCCUGCCAGCACCCGGAGCCUCCCCGCUGCAGGAAUGGGUAUCUGCUCGUUCCAUGGGGCUCACUGCUCUCUGCUUGUUCCACUCCAUCCUCAGCAUUUUGUUUUGUUUUGUUUUGUUUUUUGGCACGCAGCCAGCAUUGGGAAGAGCCUUUUCACUCUUUUCCCCUCUCUGCCCCAGCAUAAUGAUGGGAACUGUUGCAUGAAGAGUAACAGCACUGGGUUACAGAGGGGACAAGGCAGAGUAAAUUGGGUGUAUUAAGAACAGCAAAUGGAGUUUCAUGGGAGUGAAAUCAGAAGCUGGCUGGGGCUAGGCAGGAAUGUUAGGAAGGUGCAGCUUUGAGGGCUGGGAACGACUCACACCUGCUGCUAGCACUGGUCAUCACCCGGGGCUACCACAACCACCACAGGCAUGGAGCUGGCAGGCACCAGAGGCAUCAUGCUGUACCCAGAGCCAUCCCAGCCAGCUUGAUGCUGGGGAAGGGGCUGCUCCCUGCAUCCUCCUGCCCUCCCCAGUCCUCUACUCUCCCUGCUGUGCAGCACCCUUGGCCGUGUUGAGUUUGCUCAGAGCGUGGCAGCAGCCUCGGCAGUUGCUUAUGUAAUGAAAUCCUCCCCAAAACAUUAACUGUUUCUGGUUGAGAGCUGCUUUGCUUCAGGCAGAGGCAGUGCUGCCAGGUAUCGGCCAUUUGGAGCUCUGUUGCUGCUCUCUUCCUGGCGGUGCAGUGUCCCCUCAGCACCAAGCUGCUCGUCCGUCCGUCCCUCUGUCUGCCUUGGCCACUGUUGCGGGUGAGCUGCACACAAUGCACGGGCAGCUUGCUGCCAGCCCGGAGCUGUGGAGUUUGCAGAGCAAGCCCAGCUCGUUGCAUGCAAAUGGCCGGAUAAGUCACUGCCUGCAAGCAGGAACCACUUUAUGGAAAGCAGCAGAGCCCUUCCCAAAGCGCCCCAAGCCCCCGCAGCACACUUGCAGGGCUGGGUCCGCACGGGGCUGCUGCUGGCUGUCACACUGCCAAAACCAAGCCCAGCUCUCACCGCUGGGAAAAUCCAGCUUGUCCCUAUUCAUGUUGCAUACCAAAGGGUUCCCAUUUCCUCUUUGCUGGCUUUUGGCAUUGAAGAUUUUUUGGUGGUCUUAGGCGGAGCCAGGAGUUGGACUUGAUAAUCCUUAUGGGUCCCUUCCAACUCAGAAUGUUCUAUGAAGAUCUCACCUCCAGCGACUGCCCUCCCGUUUGCCAAGUCCAAAGCCCAAAGGGAUCUGAAGCUUGACCUUCCUGCAGGUUGCCACUCAUGCCACCAUGAGGACUUGGGGGAUGUUUCUGUUCAGAUGUCUAUCUAAAGCAAGGAACUCGGCACCUGAUGGCCAGGAGGAGACAGAUCCCUGCCCCACUGCAGCCCUUGGAGCUGCCCAGGUCCCAGCGCUGAGCUUCCUCAUCCCAGGCAGCAGCAGGUCAACCGGCGGGUAACAUCAAGGAAACAGAGAUCAGCCAAUUUUGCUGGCUGACUCCCUGUGAUGAAAGCUGAGCUGAGACCGAGCAAACAAAGGCCCUGGAUUCAGCACUUAUUAGACAAAACAGGCCAGGUUCUCCUGCACAGCCCUUGCUGGAGCAGCCCUGCCCGGCCCCGCGGCUGCAGCGUGUUUGCGGGUCACCUCCCCGCUAACGCUCCCUGGCCCUCCUGGAGGGCGGUGUGGAGUUACAACCCUGUUUGGAUUUGUGUGCUGCCAGAGCUGCAUCCCGCCCUGCCUGCCGGCCCUGCAGCGGGCACGCUGCCUGCCAGGCUCCAGCACCGCUGUCCCUGCUCCCAGCCUGCUUCCUCUCGCUCCCUUCCCCUCUCAGGAUGUGUGUUAUCUCUGUCUAGCUGGAGAAUUAAAAGGGGGUGCUGCCCCAGUCCUGUGCUUCCCAGGAGCAGGAUGCUGCAGCUCUCAGCACCAGCUUGCCUUUCUACAGCCUCUGUGUCUAUGCAGAGAAGCUGUGAUCCUCCUUUCCAGUCCUUGGAAAACUACCUAAUUUGGUGGCUAAACGUCCUCAGAGCGAGGUGCUGCCUGGUGCCCUGUCUCGGUUCCACCUAGAGCCUAACAAACCCAUGCUCUCUUCUCUUCCCAGCUCAGCGUUGGACGCGCUCUGAGAUACCCCAGCUCCAGCAGCCCACGGCCUCCAGGUGCCAGGCGGUGCUUGGGAGCAGCUCCUUCCUGAGUUGACUAAGCGGAGGAAGCUCUUGCUAUCCUUGCACCACUGGGCCAGACAAUCCUUCCCUUGGCUGCAGCUCCCAUUGGAUCCCUUCCCAUAAUGGAGGUGUGAGUGCCAAGAUCCUCCAUGACCUCCAGAAGCCACAACUCCUUACCGAGAACUCUGAUGGCUCCACGAAUGCUUUCCGAAGGUGCCCUCGGGGGCAUCGCCCAAAUCACCCCCUCGCUGUACCUGAGCCGGGGCAGCGUCGCCUCCAACCGGCACCUGCUCCUGUCCCGAGGGAUCACCUGCAUAAUCAACGCAACCAUCGAGAUCCCCAACUUCAACUGGCCCCAGUUUGAAUACGUCAAAGUGCCUUUGGCUGACAUGCCCAACGCCCCCAUCUCCCUGUACUUCGACAGCGUCUCCGACAAGAUCAACAGCGUGGCGCGGAAGCACGGGGCCACCUUAGUCCACUGCGCGGCCGGCGUGAGCAGGUCGGCCACCCUGUGCAUCGCCUACCUGAUGAAGUACCACAAGGUGUCCCUCUUCGAGGCAUACAACUGGGUCAAGUCGAGGCGCCCCGUUAUACGCCCCAACGUGGGCUUCUGGAGGCAACUGAUAGACUACGAGAGGAAGCUGUUUGGGAAGACGACGGUUAAAAUGGUACAGACACCAUAUGGCAUCAUCCCAGACGUUUAUGAGAGAGAGAGGAGACCCCUGAUGCCUUACUGGGGAAUUUAAUGUGACUGCAGAUGGGAAGCACAACAGAAGGGACAUGCUGUUCCAAGUCGACCAGACUGGAGACGUCCCCUUCUCUUUCUACAGCCAACUUUGGUUCUUUACCAUACAGCAGAACCUCAACUAAUUCUCACCUCACUAACCCGCAAGGCCAACGGUUCCCUUCGAAGCACUUCUCUCUACAGGGAUUCCCCCAUCCCAUUUUUCUCUGAUUUAGCAGAAUGAGAUCUCCUUAUAAGUUUAUCCCUUUCAUAAAGCCUCCCUCUCUUUUUAGUCAGUUUAUUAGUAUCCUAUGAGGAAAGGCCUACGAGGCAUUUGGCAGAGUUGAUGAACAAAGUGCGCUUUGUGAUGCGGUAGCCUGGAUAUUUCUUUCAUAGCUUGUUUGCUUCCUUGCAGAAUCCUGUAGUGGCUUGGGAGCGGCACUAGCAGCAGACAGUGAAGUCCAGCUCUAACAGCGCGGCUUCCAGGAGCAGGGAGGAGGCAGUGCAGGGUUGUGUUGCUAGUGCUGGUGUUUUCUCUAACAUCUGUAGUGACUCUCAGUAUAUAGUGUUUAAGAUCUUUAGUCAGCUCUUAAUCUGUAUUAAAAGUCAAAAAGAAUGAAGUCAGUCCGUGUCAGGCACAAGUAAAAUAAAAUUUGAAUGAUUGGAAUCAAGUAAAUACAAAGUCCUUCUUCACUCAUUCCAUGCCAGGGCAGUGGUCCUGGAAUACACUGACACUUCUGAAUAGUGCUGGUGGUGUUCUGUGGGUGGAAGGUAAACGCAAUUCGUGGACGUGUGGCUCAAGGCAGCAGCAGGAGGUUAACCCUUCCCUUCCCCCACUGCACAGCCAAGGGGAUGUUUAGGAAACGCUGUGUGCGUGGCCACCUUCCUAAAGGGCUGAGUUGCAUUUCCUAACGUUCAGACAACCAGUGAACUGGAAGUAGGUACACCCACUUGAUUACUUCGCUCUAGGUUCGGUCGUGAUCUGCCUUAGCCCAUUUCUAAAACACUUCAUUACAUCCUCAAGGUUAUGUUGCAUUCCAGAAUUGUUCUGCACAAAAAGGCAAUCUGAUCGGUUAGACCUCCCGGAUGGGGACGGCGUUAUGGAGAAGGCUUUGCCUCGUUCUGUUCGUGAUGAGGAUUCCAAUCAGAGAUGUGGGAGAAACCUUUCUGCAGCACAGCUGCUGCCUCCUGGGCACCGCUGCCCUCCCUGCAGAUGGAGCAAGACCUUCCUGUCCUCUGCUGCAUCCCCGACGAGGAGUACGCAGAUUGCUGGAUGCUGAGAUAGCUAUCUGAUUUAAAUGAGAUUCUAUACUUGUAAAAAAAAUCAAUAAAGAUUAAACUAGAACAUG